UUUAUAUACAAAGUUAUUCUUUUUUCUUUUGAAUGCGCAAAAUAGUGAUUCAAACCCGUUUUCUUUUGAACGGUUUGGAGUCAAAAUUGAAUUAUUUUGAUAUCCCUAUGUUGGGCUUUUCGCUAAGCAUAAUUGAAACCACAAAACAUCGAUGAUUGACGUUGAUUCAUGUUUUCAAAACCGGAUCUAGAAACGGCAAUGGAAAACGACGUAUUAUUGCAUUCUUUAUUUCGAUAAGAAUUUUCCGAGAAUGAAAACGCACUGAACUGCAAGAAGUUUUUUUUUCACUCAAAUGUUUAAAAACUCAACGCUUACUCUAAUAUUUGAAUAAAUGCGAGAGAACUCAUGACAAUGAGUUUAUUUUACUCAAAUUCAUACUCAAAUUUUGACAUAUUGUUCCAGUUUAUGAAUUUGAGUAAUCGCAACUCAAACCUUGAGUUAUGUUCAAAGAGCGUGUACUGGGUCGUAGUGAAAUGUUUUCAAUAGUUUGGUUCAGUGUGAAGAACCACGUUCAUAAAUUUUUCGAUUUGCACCCCUGAUUUCUACAAACAAAGCAAACAAUAAUAUUAUGAAGUUUCUACGCAUCAGCUGUCUGUGGAUAUUGAUUGCUCAUUUAUCUUGUUUAUAAUUUGAUUGAGAAAAAGUUCGAAAUAUUCAACUAUGUUAUCAAAUAUUAAUAGUUUUGUGAAUUUAAACCAAAGAUUUUCUAAGCAUUUUGCAUUUACGAACAAAUCAUUCAAGUGUUUCGAAAUAACCAUUAACUAGAAAUUAAAAACGUAGUUUGUAAAAUAGAAAGCAAAACUCCCUAUGCACCGGAAUUAAUCAGCGUAUUUGUGUAGGCAAAACUUGCGAAGGACAGUGUCAAACGCGAAACGAAUAUGAUGGAAUAUACAUUUAAUUUGUUCCUAACAGUGUUUGCUAUACUGGGAGGAGUCUGGCUGGCUGGUCGUUUUGUUCUGAAAGAAGAUGUUGUUUACAUUCCGGAUGGAAAACGGCGGCAUGCAUGGAAGUCGGUGAAGUUGCUAAAUCGUUCCUGUUUUUGUUCGAUUUGCGAAAUAUUGAUGUCAUCGAAUGGUUUGUUUUGCGAAAACUGCGGCGUAUGUUCUGACAACGGUUGUGUUCGCAAGGCUGAUGUUGAGUUUCGCUGCAAGGAGCUUCGGAUUCGAACCCGAGCGGAUGAUGGACGAGAAAGUCGACACUUGUGGGUGAAAGGAAAUGUUCCGCUUGGAUCAGAGUGUUGUGUUUGUUCGGAGGAUAUAGAUCAAAUCAGUGAACCGGGUCUAUACGGGCAGCGCUGUGCCUGGUGUCAGCGUGCCUCGCACGAUAAAUGUUUCAGCGAGAUAUCCGGUACGUUAUGCGAUUUUGGAGAGUUCAAAAGCAUGAUUUUCCCACCAAAGUGUGUUUUGGCCUCACGUAGUAAAGGGGCUCUAAAGGUUCAUCUGACUGGUAUAGUCCCGCCAGAGUGGAAGGAUCAAUGGAAACCGUUGAUUGUGAUCGCAAAUUCGAAAUCUGGCAGCAGUGGAGCAUCGGAAAUAGUUGCUAAUUUGAGAGGAAUUCUGCACCCACUGCAGGUGUUGGAAUUAUCUCAUGGACCACAGGAAGCUCUGCAGUGGGCGAUUUUUGCUGCCCCAGCUACCUGUAGAAUUUUGGUAGCAGGUGGCGACGGUACCGUCGAUUGGGUACUCAACACAAUUCUGCAGAUGCGUGUUGAACCUCAACCGGAGGUGGCGAUUCUGCCGUUGGGAACCGGUAAUGAUCUUUCGCGUGUUCUUGGCUGGGGUGCGGAAGGCCCGGACGUGUUCAAUCCUGUUGACUAUUUGCGUAAGAUUCAGAAGGCGCAACCGAUCAAAUUGGAUCGUUGGUUGAUGGAAAUUGCCGUUCAUCACCAUGGCCGAUUUCACGUUCCCCGAUUCCAUUUUAGACGAAGUGUGUUCGUGUACAACUAUUUCAGCAUAGGAGUUGAUGCUUUGGUGACAUUGAAUUUCCAUAAGGCUCGCGAGAGUUCACUUUAUCUUUAUAGUAGCAGAUUUAUCAAUAAGGCUUUGUAUCUUUGCUUUGGAACCCAUCAGGUUGUUCAACAGGAUUGCGUCGAUUUGGAGAAAAAAGUUGAACUUUUCCUAGACGAUGUAAAAAUUGAUUUGCCGGAAUUGCAAUCCAUUGUCGUACUUAACAUUGACUCUUGGGGUGCUGGUGUCAAACUUUGGGAAAUGAGUCGUGACUCACCUCAUCACGGAGGAACUAUACGGGAAACACAUAGCAUUUCGGAUGGCAUUUUGGAAGUUUUCGGUGUUGUGUCGUCGUUUCACAUUGCCCAGCUUCAGGUUGGACUGAGUAAACCCGUACGAUUAGGUCAAGCCCGCAGUGUGAAACUUCGUACCUACAGCACACUACCAGUACAAGCAGACGGCGAACCAUGGAUGCAAUCGCCCUGUGAUAUUAACAUUAAUCAUUGCGGUCAGGCAACAAUGCUCCGCAAUACAUCCCAGUGAGUAUGUGUUACCAAACCGUUCAAAAGGAAACGGUUUUGAAUCACUACCCAAGAAACCAGAAGUUCCACAAUUACUUAAAAAGUCCACUUUCUUGCUGCUUAAAAGUACACGCGGGACUUUUGAGAACUUGAAAGUACAGAUCAAGUUCCGCGUGAACUUUCUAGCUGCUUAAGAAAACACGUGGCAAUUUUUGACAGUUCGAAGUACAGAACAAGUUCCGCGUGAGCUUUCUCGCUGCUUAAGAGUGCAGGUGGUACUUUUAGCAACUUGAAAGUACAGAACAAGUUCCGCGUGAACUUUUUCGCUGCAUAAAAGCUAAACAAUGUAUUCUAGAAGCAGCUUAGAAGUUUGUUCCGCUGCGUCACGCGAACUUUCAAGUGUGAAUAAUUACUUAAAAAAUGUGCUGCUUAGAAUGUUAUUGAUUAACUUUGAGAGCUGCUUAAGCCAAAUCUGUCCCUUUUAUCCGAACUUUUGGUUAGUUGGGUAUUUUGCGCAUUCAAAAGAAAGCAGAAUAACUUUGUAUAUGAAAAUUAACGAAGAUUUCUUCAUUUUUAGAGCAAGGAACUCAAAUUUUAAGGUGAACUUACUCAAAUUUUGAACAAAAUAUUUUUUUCUUAUUUUGAGUAAAAAAUACUCAAGUUUUGACAAUUUCGUCUCUUAACACAAAGAUGAGUAGAUAGGUGGUAACUCAAGUUUAGAGUACGUGCACUUUUUAUGAAUUUGAGUGAUGUGUCACUCAAUUUUGAGUAAUGUUCAAUGAGGGUGUAAUGAGACACAAUGUAAACGUCAACGUAUCCCACAUUAUCAGAUCCGAAUGGAUUCCGAAUCAAUUCCGAAUCGGCGAGAACUUUUCAUUCGGAAUUUCAUGUGGAAAUCAUAAUGGAUUUCGAAUCAAUUCCAACUCCAGUGCAACAACCGAUUCCGAAUGAACCGGUUCGCCUACAACCGGUUGAUUCGGAAAUCAUUCGGAAUUGAGUGAGAAGAUGCGGACUGAAUUGUCAAUUCGUCUUCUUCUUCUUCUUCUUCUUUCCUGAUUUUGCACGUUUUCGUGUUGAUUUUCAGUUUAUUUUUAAACGAAAACGUUAUAUAACUGAAUAUACAAAUUUAAAUCUUCAUGUUUUUCGGAUAUACAGAACUAGUAAAUAACCAGUUCUUCUUAGAAUCCCAACAUAAACUAUUGAAAUUCGCUGGAAAUUAACAAAACGGCCUACCUUAGUCAGCAUCAUCCAUUCCUCUAGCUGGAGUGUAGUGAAAUGGCUUAAGUCGCUUAAAUUUCACACUAACACAUUCAUAAAAUGAGCGAAUAUUCAAUGACAUUCAUAAUGUCACUGUCAAUCAGGUUGAUCGAGCAGCCAACUCAGGCGAAAAUUCUAGCACUGAACCGAUCGAGCACUAAGAAAUCAUGCAGACGAGUAAGAAUUUAUUGCUCAUUCCGUCAUUUCGAUAAUGUGGGAUUGCUCAAAAUACAAUCGUACACUCAGAAAAAUAGUAUGGUAACUGUUACUAUAUAGAGGGCCAACCUCACCAUGAGCGUAUAGUGGCUUUCAGCCGACUAUGAAAUCAGAUGAUUUCAAAAAUAGUCAAGUUCAUGUUUACUAUGAAUGGUAUCGGCUCUAGAAUAGUAAUAUUGAACAGUGUAUUGUAUGAAUAACUAAUACGAUUGAGAUAGUUAGGCUAACCAUGACCGAAGAUUUUUUUACAUUGUAGUUUUUGCUAUAACCAGAGUCAUGAUAUUUUUGACAUUUCACUUCUAGUUAUUUUGAAACUUAAAGUAGUGGUUGAUUCAACAAUGCUGAAGAUCAGCAAAACAUGAGCUAAUGUUGAAAAGUUUUAUGAAUUUAAAUUCUAAAACAAGAACAACAAAAUAAUUUCAUUAAACUCUAUUUUAUUUUCGCAUCAAAUCAAAUGAUAAUAUGCCUGGUGAAAUAUUGCUUAGCAUUGCUUGAUAGCAGCAGUUGAUCCAAGGCUCUGUCCGGUGGAGUUUUUCCUGAAGCAGGAAUUGGCAGCAUGAAAGAAAUUAUUAGCCAAGUCCAGAUGCAAACCUCGAUACCCACCUGCG